AUGGUUGGCGGGUUUGAAUGGCUGGGGUCAGACCCUUUAGCAGUCCAAGAGAGGGUAGUAGGAGGUGUAAAGGUUAGAGCCAGAGCAGAGCCUUUGGAAAUGCCUGCUGCUGAAGAGGAGGAGGAUCCAAAGGGACAGAUUUAUACUAAAGACAAGGUGGCUCCUUUGUGUCUCUCAUCUGAUGUGGAAGGUCAAGCCAUCCAAGAGAGCCUCGAACCUCAAGACCAAAGCCAAAAUACAGUCAACAAGGAAGAUAACACCGACCUCCUCAGUCCUCCCUUUGCCAGGAAGCUAUGGACCAUAGCACAGAACGAGGUCUUCCAGUCUGUGAACUGGAGUGAUGAUGGAGAAAGCAUCAUGAUUGAGGUAGACCUGUUUCAGAGAGAGGUCCUUCACCACAGGGGUGCUGUGGGAUGUUCUGUAUGGCAAAUGUGUUGCUCUGAUUGGUCAAUAAAUAAAACACUGAUUGGCCAGUAUCCAGGCAGGAAGGAUAGGCGGGACAAGGAGGAGAAUAAAGCUGGGAAGUGGAAGGCUGAGUCAGAGAGAUUCAUUUUGUUUCGGAUCUACCGCAACUUCAACUUUCAGAGAGACAAGCCGGAGCUCCUAGAGAAUAUUGGGAGGAAAAAAAUGCGAAACCGGCUCGGUCAGCUGGCCGAACUUCAGGCAAAACAAAUUCAGGUUCAUUACCAUUGCCUCGAUCUCCAUGAUUGUGGUCUCGAUGAACCAGAUAAAGACUCCAUAUCAGCACAGCUGUCGUCCUUUCGUGUCUCCCCCGUCCCUCUCAUUCUCUCCCACAGGUGGGUCGCCCCCGUUGAUACUCCGCUGGCCGGGGCAACAAGUGCUGCUGAGCAAGGGCCAAGUCCAAAGAAUGUGAAGCUUUUACACAAGACAGAAGAAGAGGAUGUGAAGUCCCAGCAGGGGGUUCCCAACAACCAGACACCUGCAGGCAACCUUUCCACUGUGGCAUCUAGUGCAUUAGAAAAGAGCAGCAUCCUUGUAAGUGCCCCAGACAACUGUCCACCUCAGGAGACAAGUGGCCCACAUGGAGAGGGCACAUCUGAUAAAGAUACAGUUUCUCCUUUGACUACUGUUAAAAUGGAAGGGGCUGGGCAUGUGCCCAGUAGUUCCUCGGGGUACCUCGGAUAUGGGAAUGUGAUGUCUGUAUACAACACUUGCCAUUCCAUCCUGAAAGCUGCCCUCUCAGCCAUAUCCCUAAGUGUGUCUGCUGAGGAGGAAGAGGAGCAGGAGCAGAAAGAGGAGGAAGAGGAAGAGGGGGAAGAAGAGGAGGGGAAGGAAGAGGAGGAGGCAUACUCAGAAAACACGUGUACAAUCUGUGUGCUGUUUAACAAAAAGAUGUUCAUAAACUCAUGGGCCACAAAAGACUGAGAAAAAAAAAUCACCAUUUUUCUGGAAAUGAACUAAUUUUACCAAAUAGAAACAAAUCUCGUGGUGGUAAAUAAACAUCCUAAAUGUGAGCCUGGAAUUUAUGUGCUAU